CUGCUUGCAGCUUUCCAUAAUUUCUUUGUGAAGUGUACGUCAAUUUUUUCUUACGUUGCGGGAUUUCGGGAAAAUAAUCUAAUUCGAUCAUGAUAAAUUCUUUAAUUACUUGGUAAUCAAUUCCUUAUCAUCUUGUUACCAUUAUGCGAUGUUAGCAAACUUUUAUAUUUGUGUUUACAAUUUGUGAAAAUGGCGAAACGAGUUACAACAAGCGGAUCCAGCCUAACUCCCGUUAGCAACGAACAACUUCCAGAGACCAUCAACGAUGUGUUCCGAUGCUUCAUCUGUAUGGAGAAAUUGCAAGAUGCACAUUUGUGUCCACAUUGCUCCAAGCUGUGCUGCUAUCUUUGCAUAUCUCGAUGGCUAACUGAACAACGACGCCAGUGUCCACAUUGCCGCGCUACACUACAUGUAUCAGAACUGGUGAACUGUCGCUGGUUUGAGGAAGUUGCAGUGCAUAUUGAAAAUCUACAACAGAUUUGUCAAAAUAUAAAAUCCUCGAAUCUCAAUCAACGAGACCAAGAUCAGUGCCCUACUCACAAAGAAAAAUUAAGCGUGUUUUGUUGGACUUGCAUGAAAUGUAUUUGUCAUCAGUGCGCACUAUGGGGUGGGACUCAUUCAGGGCACACUUUCAAACAGCUUGAACUUGUUUAUGAGACGCACUUAGCUCAAGUAAAGGAAGAACAACAGCAGCUGAAAAGUCGCCUGUUAGAGCUGAUAAGCUUAGUUCAAGAUGUCGAGCAAAACGUUGAGACUGUUCGAAAUGCAAAGGACGAACGUGUAAGCGAAAUCAGAACAGCUGUUAACUUGAUGGUGGGACGUUUAGAUUCCCAGCUUAAAGGGAAACUGCUUACUCUAAUGCGCCAGAAAAACUCAUUAACCCAAGAGACUGAACAAUUAGAACAUCUCUUACAGGAAAUAGAACAUCAACUCAAUAUUUGCUCAAAGUCACAACUAAUUAUGAAAUCAUCUGAGCUUUUAAAAAUGAUAAACCAAGUCCGGACAAAACCGAUGGCAAGUUAUGUAACAGCACCUGUCCCAUCUGAUUUUGUAAGCGAAAUUGUGCCACCGUAUGAUACUGGGGUAUUCAUCAUGCAAAACUUUUCUAAGCUCCAGAAAAAAGCUGAACCAGUAUAUUCGAGUCCACUUUAUGUAAAUGGAUUGUGCUGGAGGCUCAAAGUGUACCCAGCGGGAAACGGUGCUGUUCGUAAAGAAUAUCUAAGUGUGUUCCUGGAGUUAACCGUUGGAUAUCCUGAAACCAGCAAGUAUGAAUACCGCGUGCAAAUGAUACAUCAAAACUCAUCCAAAAUCAUUCAAAGGGAGUUUGUGUCUGAUUUUGAGGUAGGAGAGUGUUGGGGCUACAACCGCUUCUUUCGUCUAGAUUUAUUGGCCGACGAAGGAUAUUUGAACAUUAUCAGUGAUACGCUAGAACUACGGUACCAAGUGAGACCGUCGACUUUUUAUCAAAAGUGUCGUGAUCAGCAAUGGUACAUAAACAAUUUAUUACGUACGCAAGCCCUUCAUCUAACUGAAAUUAAAGCACUGAAUGAAAGAAUAGACAGAGUGGAACGAACGCAAGGACAGGGAAAAAUGAAUUGUGCAACAAAUAAUGAUAGCAAAUCGAGAGCACAGGUAGAUGCUACGUCAAAUAUGAAUGUUCGUAAAGGAGACAGCAAGUCUGUGAUUAAAAUAGGAGCUGGUAAUAUAAAAGUAUCUAGCCCUAAAGAACAAUGUAACCGUGGAAUUAUUAACGAUGCAUCAGAUCCGCUAUCAAUGCCUAAAGAAGAGAACCAAACUGCUUUUCCAGAUAUAAAUGUACUCUUAACAUCUUUAAAUAUCCAAUCCUAUGCUGAUAAUAACAACAAAACUACCAACAUUGCCACACCAUCGCAAAGUAGCGAAUCAGAAUCAAAAUCACUUACUAGAGAAGGCCCGAGCAAUACAACAUCCGGGUGUUUGAAAACGUCACACAUUGGAACAUCGUAUUCAUCGCCAAAUCUCCAGUCCAAUAAUAGCUCUUCUAGUAUAGAAUCCGAUGAGGAUUUUACUGCCGAAAAAAACGAAAAUGCUAACAGCAGAAUAAGUGCCAUACAUUUGCCCCUAGAGGACACUUGCUCGAUUGAUGAAAACGACAUUGAUGGCGAAGAACUGUUGUCUGGUGAAAACGACGUUGAAUAUGCUGAACUCUCUAUGACACAACGGUUGCCUUCUAAGUCUCACACUACUAAAAAUGUAGUCUAUAACAGAGACACCCGCGAUUUCUUUAAUGCCAACAAGCCAGCUGGAUUAAGCCAGAGUGCUGCCGCCAGUGCAUCACUUCCAGAUGAUAAUAUUGCAUUGGAUGAGGAAUUGAUGCUGUUAACGCUUUUUGACGAUUCACCUGUAAAUCCGUCUGCGUUGACUGAGAAUGGCCCUUUAAUGUGUACUCAAACAAGCCGCACUUCGCUUCGUCAACCGGUACUAUCUGCAAGUGUAUUCGAAAGUCUUUUAGAACCUCCAAGAUUGAACGCUACACCACUCACGGUUCGCGAUACAGAUUCUGCAGGAGCCAAUUCUAACGGUAAGUUGUACUCCUACUUUCAACAAACACUAGACUUAUGAGAUAUGCUUUAAUAAUGUUUUAAGACUAGGGACGAAUGCCUCCCGAAGAGAUAAAAUUACGUAUUCAAAAAAGACGCGUUACUGUUGUUCGUUUAUUUAAGAGGGUUUUCAACCUUUCACUUUUACCCUAAAAAAGAAGGGUACGAUAAGUUAUGGUGUCAUAAACUUAUAGACUAGACUAAAAAAAUGGAUUUUGAUACCAAAAUG